AUGGGUUUAAAAGCAGUUCAUUUCGGUGCCGGCAACAUCGGUAGAGGGUUCGUCGCUGAAUUUCUUCACAAAUCUGGUUAUGAAGUCGUCUUCUGCGAUGUCAUGGACAGCAUCAUCACAAAAUUACAAACCACCCCUUCAUAUAAAGUUAUUCAAGUUGGAGCCGAGGGUACAAGCGAAGAUACCAUCACCAAUUACCGUGCGAUAAAUUCGAAAACACAUGAAGCCGAUGUUAUUGAGGAGAUUCGUACAGCCGAUGUAGUAACAUGCUCGGUUGGCCCAAAUAUUCUCAAGUUCAUUGCACCAGUCAUUGCCAAGGGUAUUGAUGGCCGAGCCAAUGAUGCAACCCCCAUUGCAGUCAUUGCUUGCGAAAAUGCCAUUGGUGCCACUGAUACCCUCGCCAAUCACAUCAAGGGUGACCACACUCCAGAAGAUCGUCUAGAGGACCACCACGAGCGCGCACGAUAUGCAAACUCUGCCAUCGAUCGCAUUGUUCCCGCUCAAGACCCAAAUGCAGGUCUUGAUGUCAAGCUUGAGAAAUUUUACGAGUGGGUGGUUGAUCGCUCACCUUUCCAUGAUCACGAACCUCCGGCGAUCAAGGGAAUCAAAUGGGUGGAUGAUUUAAUACCAUACAUUGAGCGUAAACUCUUCACCGUCAACACUGGACACGCAGCUGCUGCAUACCACGGAUAUUACCACCAGAAGACUACAGUCUACGAUGCACUACAAGACCCUAAGAUCCUCAAGGAAGUCCACAUGGCAUUGGAGGAGACAAGUAGACUGAUCGUCGGCAAGCAUGGUAUCGAAGCACAAGAGCAAAAGGAUUAUGUCGACAAGAUCAUUACCAGAAUAGGAAACCCACAUCUGGAGGAUGCAGUAGAACGAGUUGGUCGUGCACCCUUACGAAAACUGAGCAGGAAAGAAAGAUUUAUUGCCCCUGCAGCCGAACUUGCGGAGGAAGGAAAGGAAUUUGGUGCAUUGCUAGACGCUGCUGAGAUGGCUUUCCGUUUCCAGAACGUUGAGGGUGAUGAUGAAUCCAAGGAGUUGGCCAAGAUCAUGUCGGAAAACUCACCAGAACAAGUCGUGGAAAAGGUCUGCGGGUUGCAAUCGGAUCAUCCAUUGUUCCCUCAUGUGGUAGCCGUCGUUAAGAAGGUUCAAGCCGAUGAGUAG